AUGGAGGAUAAUGAUUGGGAUUUAAGCGUUGUAGUAAGAAGUUGUAAUAUUAAUAAGCCUAACGAUGUUACAGUUCCUAACUCAGGGUUGGUGGCUUCUGAAAAUGAUGAUUGGAAUGCUUUUGACAAAAAAAUUGUUGUUGACAUGCCUAAUUUUAAUGACUUAUCUGAGAUUUUCUCUAUAGAUUUUUCAGUUGCUCACCAGAAAAAAUCAAAUGACCAGGUCAUAAUCACAGACCAAAAUUCUAACCAAGAGAUAAAAAAUCAGUCAACAAAAGUUUUCUAUGAAGUGUUGCAAGAGGAACUCACAGAUGAUAAAUGGGCAUGGCGUAAGUAUGGUCAGAAGUCAAUCAAAGGUUCUCCAUUCCCGAGUCCAUUUGCACCUACACUUGAAAUUGAGAGAAAUAAUGAAAUGGUUGAUGUUUUCGUGGAGAACAAAGACGAUAUUGAAGAGGAGGAGAACAUGUAUGACAAUAUUUUCAUGGAUUUUGAAGAACUCCAUGAAUUACUACUUCCAUCUAAUGGGAAUGAAAUAGACAAGAGGAAUUGA